GUUCUUUGUCCAGUUACAGAUCAGUUGAAACACAGCAGCGUCGCUGACACAAUUCAAAUUCUUUGAAUAAUUUAUGUUAGAAAAUUAUCGGCUUAUUUAUUUGAUUUUUUAAAAUAACAAAUAACGCCGUACUGAGGUUUAUUAAUGAUAAUUUUAUUACUAUUGCGCGACUCCAUAAAUCACUAAGCCAUCGAAAUCGGAUGAGAGGAUUUCGGCGAUGAUUAGUCAAUAGUGGAAUAAAUAAAAACAAAAAAUAUAGAUAAUUAUUGUAAAAUGAUUAGACGACAGACUGCAUCGGAAUUGCCAUAUCAGGCAGUUCGUUAUCGGAUUCUGCGAGGAACUAUGGACGUUAAUACAAAAUGUGAAGUAGAACCAGGGGAAGAGAUGACAGCUUUGCAACUUGCGAUAAAAAAACAAGACUGGAAAUUAAUCAACUAUCUUUUACAAAAUAACGUUCUUGUCAAUACUUAUACAUCAAAAUGUGAACCUGCACUAUUUUUGGCUAUUAGAUCUGGUAAUGUGAGUUUAGUUAAGACUUUAAUUCAUCAUCGCGCUAGAAUAAAUAUCACGUAUAAUAAUAAUACUCCCCUGCACUUGGCUGUUGAUCAAAAUAAUUACACAAUUGCUGAAUUUCUUAUCAGACGUAGAGCUGAAGUAAAUGCUCUGACUAAAGAAAAUCAGAGCCCUCUGCAGAUCGCCAUUGAAAAAAAUAAUAUAAAUUUAGUGAAACUGCUGAUUAAAAACAACGCUGAUAUUAAUGUAGUUACAAAAGAUUAUGAAACGGCUCUAAUUUUUUCCAUAAAAAAUGAAAAUUUUAAUUUAUUCAAAAUACUGUUGGAUGCAGGCGCUGAAGUAAAUCCGGUGAAUUUGCCACCGUUAUUCGUGGCCAUUGAAAAAAAUUGCUACACAAUGACUAAACGUCUUAUUGAACGAGGAGCGAAUAUAAAUACUAUUUACAACAAUCAAACAGCGUUAAUAAUUGCCGUUGAAAAAGAAAAUCUGAAGAUCGCUAAAUUAUUAAUCAGAAAUAAAGCAGACAUUAAUAUUGAAGUAGCAGUCGCCAAGACAGCUCUUUCUGCAGCGAUUAUAAAAGGGAAUUUUGUCAUAUUUAAAAUGUUAGUUGACGCGAUCGCUGAUUUAAAUUCUCCCAAUUUAUUGCCACUACAUUUGGCUGUUUUACAAGACAACUAUGACUUCACGGAAUACUUGGUCAGUUCUGGGGCGGAUGUCGAUUCUCUCGAUAGUAGACGACAAACGCCAUUGCACAUUGCCGUUACAAAGAAAAAUAAAAAAAUAAUCAACUUAUUACUUAAAAAUAAUGCUGAUGUUAACGUCUUUGAUGAUGACAAUCUGUCACCGUUAAAGAUUGCUGUUAUCAACGGAAAUAAAGAAAUCGUAGAGUUAUUACUUGACAAAGCUAAAAAUACUGUCAAAAAAAGUUUGAAAUCACUUUUAAAAAUUGCUUGGAACAAUAGUACUUUUAAAAUUUUUGAAUUAUUAUUUGACGUUGGUCUUGAAAUAUAUCCGUUGGCUGCUGACAAACUCGUACCACCGCUGCAUAUGGCUGUUAUCAAAAAUAAUUUUGAAACUUUAGAUGGUUUGAUUAACGAUGGCGUUGAUAUCAAUGGUUCAUUUUGGGACAAAACGCCAUUAGAAAUUGCUGUUAGAAGAGGGUACAAAAAAAUGACAGAAUUACUUGUUAAAAAUAAAGCAAACGUUAAUUCAAAAAACGGAGAAAAUGUCCUUAAAGUCGCUGUUGAAAAAAAUAACUUUGAAUUGAUGCGUCUAUUGGUUGACGCCGGUGCUGAUGUUAAUUCUGCAGCAAUAUUAGAGCAAGCAAUUAAAAAUAAUAAUUAUGAAAUAGUGAAAUAUCUUAUUAGUAAUGGAGCUGAAAUCAAUAACGCUUAUGAAUAUCGUAAAUGGGGAAUAACACCGUUAGAACAUGCUGUUCAAAGAGGGUACAAGAAAAUCGUUGAAUUACUUAUUGAAUAUAAAGCCGAUGUUAACCGCAUAUCUUUUUUUUCAUUUACAUGUCUAUCUAUAGCCAUAGAAAAUGAUAAUUUUGAAAUAUUCAAGUUACUUUUGGAUGCUGGUGCUGAUAUCCGUCCAUCGCACAUAACAAGGGCACCAAUAUAUACGGCUGUUGAUAAAAAUAAUUAUGAAAUUACCAAACAUUUGAUUAAUCACGGAGCUGACGUUAAUACAUGUUUUGAUAAUAAAACACUAUUAUAUCGUGCAGUUGAGAAUGAGAAUGAAAGAAUAGUCGAGUUACUGAUUAACAACAAAGCCAAUGUUAAUCAAACUAUCGUAAUCUGUUAUUCAUCGAAUUCAGCCCUUUAUAAAGCUGUUGAAAUUAGCAAUUUAAAUAUACUAAAAAUAUUAGUCAAAGCUCCUAGCAUCGAUGUCAAUCUAUCUCUUGACUUCCACGAGCCACUGUUACACCAAGCGAUUCGUCAAAACAACUACGAAAUAAUUAAGUGUUUGAUAGAACAUGGAGCGAAUAUUAAUACUGUAUAUAAAUGUGAAACACCAUUAAAGAUUGCCAUUAUUAAUGGAAAUAAAGAAGUAGUUAAACUACUGAUUGAGAAUAACGCGGGUGUUAAAGCUUCUCUGGACUACUCAAGCUCACCUCUUCACACGGCUAUUGAAAAAAAUAAUUUUGAGAUAUUAGAAAUGCUAGUCAAUAUUGAUACGACUAAAGUAAAUCCAUCUUAUGGCAGGCCGCCGCUACUUACAGCUGUACGCGAAAAUAACUUUGAAAUGACUCGAUAUUUGAUAAAAUUUGGAGCUGACGUUAAUACUUGGUAUGGUUAUCCAUUACAUAUUGCUGUUAAAAAUAAAAAUAAUGAUAUAGUGAAAUUACUGAUUGAGAAUAAAGCAGAUGUUAAUUUCAUUGGCACGGCCGGAGAAACAGCUCUUAGCCUUGCGGUUGAGAAAGAAAGUUUUGAAUUAGUUAAAAUAUUAUUGGACAAUGGUGCUGACAUCAAUUUAUCUUCUGAUAAAGAUUACUCGCCAUUGCAACAUGCGAUCAUGAAGGGCAACUAUCGAAUCUCUCAAUAUCUAAUAAAUCACGGUGCAAAUAUAAAUGCUCUUUGCCGUCGUAAAGAAUUGACUACAAAGCGUGAUAAUUAUUACAAUUCAUUUACCAAUUGUAUCAGUUCACAAUGUAGUUUAUUACAGUUUGCCAUUGACUGUAAAAAAACUGCAAUGGUAAAACUAUUGAUUGAAAAUAAGGUUGACGUGAGGUUGGUUGAGAAGAAUUAUCCACUAUUCAUUUUCGAUGUUAUUAAAUAUCAGAGUCAUAAAAUACUGGAGCUGAUAUUGUCUACUCGUGUUAAUGUUAAUUGCCUUGAUACUCGCGAGGUUGGUUGUAGUGAUACUCUUCUGCAUGCUGCUGUGAAAUUAAAAUAUAUGAAUAUCGAGAAAGUAAAAUUAUUGCUAAUGAGCGAAAAUUUUACUAAUAUUAAUGCACUAUCAAAGAAUACAUCUGCCCUUGAUUAUGCUGUCAGUGGAGGUCAUAUGUCUAUUGUACAAGUUCUUCUUAAUGCAGGUGCUAAAAUUAAAGUUGAGAAGUAUGGCAAUAUGGGAUUAUUUUAUUAUGACUAUAUCCCUAUCAGAAAAAUGAUUAUGGAACAUGUUGUUAAACUGAAAGCUGCUAAUUUACAUCUCGACUAUGAAAGAUUGCACGAUCUAAGUGAUGAAAAAUUAAAUAAUCUGUAUGCCGAGUGCCUAAAUGAAAUUGAAAUUAUGAAAAGAACAAAAAUCGUGAAAACUAAUUUAUCAUAUUACGAUGUGAUAUCUAAGAGCAAGCAUAAAAUAGCUUUAGGUUUGAGUCGUACUAAUUAUUAUGUUAAAUUUGACAGCGAAAUGUUAUCAUUACAAUUCCCAUUAUAUGGUGGAAUGAUUAGCUACCGCCUAGAUGAAGCACAAAGAAGACGACAAUUAUUGGAAAAAUCUAACAAGAUUCUUUCUCUUGUUUUUUAUGGUAACUUGCCGUAUGAUAUUAUAAGUCAAUUAAUCUAUUAUUUAACGUCUAGAGAUUUAAUAAUUUUAUCUUCAUGUUGGUGGUGAUACUAUUUAAUGGGCUUUCGACAAAAUAUAAAUGAUUUUUCUUAUGAAACUGGAAUUAGCCGACGUCUAAUAAUUUUUGGAUCUUUUAAAACCAGAUAUCUAAAUAAAAAAAAUGAUUUUAGGAAAUUAUACCUACUACUUUUUUUUAUUUUUUACAUGUGCAUAUUUUUUUUUUUUUUUUUUUUUGUUGCAAAUGAAUCGAAAACUGUUAAUUGUCUGCUAAUUUCAGGAUCAUUGUUUCUUUAUGAGUGUGAAUGUAGCAGACAUCAGACAAACUUAAAAUUUUAAAUGAAUAGAGUAAAAAAUUUAAAAAAUAAUAUUUAUAAAAAAUGCAUUUACUAAUUUCAAAAUUUUUGAAAUGCGCAUUUUUUAAAAAUUUUAUUUUAUUGAUUAUUGACUCUAUGCAUUUAUAAUUUUAAAUUUAUCUGAUUGCUACACUCACACUCAUCAAUACUAUUCUAUUGCAAUUUAUCAGUAUGAUUAGUAAUAACUGUUUAAUUUUGUGGUCAACUACUGACUAUUCAGGCUGUCAUAUAGAAUUUUCUGACUUUUUUUUGUUUUUUUAAUUUUGAUUGAGAAGUUACUGAUAUGUAUUUCCUAUUUUUAAUAUUUUUAUAUUUAAAUUACAAAUAUUAUGCUGCUAUAAAAUAAAACAAAAUA